CGAAAAAGAAUAUGAGAAAGAAGGGAAAAGGGAAAACAAGUAAUGUAAAAAUUGCAAAUAAAAACCAAGCAAAAUUGAAAAAGAAAGCUAAAAUGAAAGAGAAAACUAAGCAACUACGUAAACAAGCUAAAGAACAGGUUCCAGAAGUUGAAUCGCAACCUGAGAGUGAAGUGGAGUGUGAAGAUACUCUUGAUGCUGAAGAUCUUCAAUAUUAUCAAGACAACUUGUCAAAUAUUUCAUUCCUUAAAAAUGAAAAGGGUAUCAAUAAGAAAGCAAAGAAACGAAAAUGGCAAGAGGGAGAUGAAAGUUCGUAUGAGAAAGCUCCCCGAAAUAGUUUUGCUGGCGAUGAGAAAGUUUAUAAACGUCUUUUGCCAGUCAAAAUGAAGAAUAAAAUAAUACCACAGUCUCGUGAAAUCAUUCCAAAAUCUGAAGAGGAAGAUAAAUCUGAUUCUGAGAGUCAGAAUGAAGAUGUAGAUGAUGAAGAAUUUGCAUUUAACCACCAAGAUGAUGAUUUUACAAAUCUUAGUGCUGCUGAACAGAUGCUAGUAAAAGAAGAACAUUUGACAAAAGCCAAGCAAAAGAUGGCCCUGUUUGCUCUUUCCAUUAUCGAAAAUCCUAAUGAACAUAUAUCCCGGCUGCGAGAAUUACUGCUUAUGUUGCAAAACCCCACCUCCUCUGACGUGGAUGUUGCCAUCAACAAACUUGGUAUGAUUACUCUCAUGGAGAUAUUCAAAGAUAUCGUUCCUGGCUAUAAGAUACGGAAGUUAACUGAAAAAGAACAGCAACAAAAGAUGUCAAAAGAAUUUAAAGUUUUACACAGUUUUGAAGAAUCAUUGCUGAAAUCUUACAAACAUUACCUUGAAUAUCUUUGGUCAGUCGUUUCUCAACCCAAAGAUGACUCUACAUUAUCACAAACUAAACUAAAUGAUAAAAAGGUUAUGAAAGAAGUUGCUACACAAUGCCUGUGCAAGCUACUUGUUAGCUGUUAUCACUUCAAUUUCCGCAGUGAACUCAUCUCAUUUGUUGUCCCUUGCAUGAAUCUGUUCAACAAAGUGAGUUCAAAUGCUGCAUGUGAGGCAGUUAAAGAGGUUUUCAAAAUUGAUAAACUUGGUGCUGCUUCUCUUGAAAUUGUAAAAGGUAUUGAAGAUCUUGUUAAAAAGAAAAUAUCUCUUGUGAAACCUAAGGUAUUGAGUACUUUGCUGUCUCUGAAGAUUAAGGAAAUUGACAUUGCUCAAGCCAAAAGCAAGGCUGAAAAGGAAAAACAUAAACAGAAAUUAAUGAAAAUGUCUCGGCGGGAAAGAAAGAGAGAGAAACAAAUGGAACGUCUACAAAACGAACUUCUUGAAACCAAAGCCUCAGAAGACAAGAAAAAGAAGCUAGAAUAUAACACCAGAAUAAUACAGCAUGUUUUUGCAACAUAUGUCCGUAUCUUGAAGAAAUCUCCAGACUGUGCCCUUGUAACAGUUGUUCUUGAAGGAUUGACCAAAUUUGCUCAUUUUGUGAAUAUUGAUUAUUUUGAAGACCUUUUCAGCACACUGAAAAGUAUGAUUGCAAGCCAGAGCUUGACCUUGCAGCAGACUAUACAAUGCACCUUAACUGCUUUUAUGAUACUUUCUGGACAAGGCAAUGUUUUAAACAUUGAUCCAGUGCAUUUCUACAAAUAUUUCUACCACAGAAUCAUAUCACUAAAUGCAGGCGAGUCUAGUGAGUACAUGCUUCUUCUUUUGAACACAUUAGAAGAAACUAUUUUCAAGCGUAAAAGACAGAUUACCAAACAUCGUGUGUUGGCCUUCAUGAAGCGUCUCUCGACUAUUGCAUUGCAGACCUUACCAGAAGCUUCUAUAGCUCUCCUUGGUGUUGUCCGCAGUCUUAUACAUUCUUUCCCAUAUACUGAUGUAAUGUUUGAAAAUGAACAAUCUGGCAGCGGACAGUUCAUGCCAGAAGUCAAUGAUCCAGAGUAUAGUCAUGCACAUAAUUCUUCUUUGUGGGAGCUGGCAAUUUUACAGAAACAUGUUUGUCCAGAUGUUGUCAAGUUUACCAAUUAUGUGGCUCACCAAGCACCCUUGUCCGGUAAAGGCCAACUACCAGCACAUCUUUCAAAACUGUCAGCAGUGGAUUUAUAUGAAAAGUAUCAUGAAGAGACUAUAACUAAAUUUGCAAAUUCUAAGUUAAAUAAAUAAUUUUAAUAAAAAA